GGCAUGUAUAAUUUGACCAUUUAUGGCGGGAAGAAUGUCAGAAAGAGGGGUGCCGUUACAAGCCAUUGUCUCCAUAAAAUAUGUUGGCGGCACAUUUGUUCUUCAUCUUUCUUUGCUUUGCUGUCCCCCCUGGGGCAGUAUGAACACUGGCUCUAUUAUCCAGAAUAUCAGGAACCACAGGCACCGGAACCAUUACCUACUCAGCCACCUGAUACCACGACAAAGGUCUACAUAAGGCUGGCAGGGGAGAAACGCAAGCACAAUGAGGGGAGAGUGGAGAUUUACUACAAUGGACAAUGGGGGACUGUCUGUGAUGAUGAUUUCUCCCUCUAUGCUGCCCAUAUAGUGUGCAGAGAUCUGGGCUAUUCAGAGGCAAUAUCAUGGUCACCCGGCUCCAAAUAUGGCAAAGGAGAAGGCAUGAUCUGGCUGGACAAUGUGCACUGCACUGGAAGAGAGCGAAGUAUUGCAGCCUGCCGUUCCAAUGGAUGGGGAGUCUCAGAUUGCAAGCACAGUGAGGAUGUUGGGGUACAGUGCAGCGAUCGAAGGCUCCCUGGAUUCAAAUUUAACAAUGAGCUGGUGGGACGGUUAGAGGAGCUGAAUAUUCAGGUGGAAGAUUUGCGUAUACGGCCCAUCCUGUCUGCCUACCGUAAGCGUGUGCCAGUGACUGAGGGCUAUGUGGAGGUAAAGGAAGGGGGGACAUGGAAACAAAUGUGUGACACUCAGUGGAACAGCAAAAAUAGUCGGGUGGUGUGCGGCAUGUUCGGCUUUCCUGCGGAUAGGAAAUAUAACGUCAAGGUGUACAAGAUGUUUGCGUCUCGUAAAAAGCACACCUAUUGGCAGUUUUUCCCAAACUGCACUGGGAAUGAGGCUCACCUCUCUGCCUGUAAAGUUGGAGGGAGGGUUUCCUCAGAUCUGAAAACCAACCAGACCUGCACAGAUGGCACCCCCGUUGUGGUGAGCUGCACCCCAGGAAGAGCUUUUGCCCCAAGUCCUUCCAUAGGCUUUAGAAAAGCUUUCCGUCAAGAGCAACCACUGGUCCGCCUCAGGGGAGGAGCAAAUAUUGGAGAAGGACGUGUCGAGGUCCUAAAGAAUGGCGAGUGGGGGACAGUCUGUGAUGAUAAGUGGGACUUGGUGUCUGCCAGUGUAGUCUGUAGAGAACUUGGAUUUGGCAGUGCCAAGGAAGCCAUGGCAGGGGCACAGCUGGGUCAAGGAAUGGGCAAUAUCCACAUGAGUGAGGUUUGCUGUAACGGGUUUGAGAAGUCGCUCAUAGAUUGCAAGUUUAAUGCUCACUCUCCGACAUGUAACCAUGAGGAAGAUGCAUCUGUUAGGUGCAAUGUACCAGCAAUGGGCUUCCAAAACCAGGUGCGUCUCAGUGGUGGACGCAAUCCCAGUGAAGGGCGGGUAGAGGUGCUGAUGGAGAACAAUGGCACCCUCAAGUGGGGAACGGUGUGCAGUGACAACUGGAGCACAAUGGAGGCAAUGAUAGUGUGUCGCCAACUUGGAUUAGGUUUUGCUAGCCAUGCAUUUCAGGAGACCUGGUAUUGGCAAGGCGAUGUAUCUGCAGAUGAUGUCAUCAUGAGCGGAGUAAAGUGUUCUGGCACUGAGAUGUCAUUGUCACAUUGCAGGCACGAUGGAGCAAACAUCAACUGCCCAAAAGGGGGAGGACGAUUUGCUGCAGGAGUGUCCUGUGCAGAGACUGCCUCUGAUCUUGUCCUGAAUGCCCAAUUGGUGGAGCAGACCACAUAUCUGGAGGACAGACCCAUGUUCAUACUGCAGUGCGCCCAUGAGGAACAUUGCCUCUCAUCUUCAGCUGACAAAACCAGUCCUACUACUGGUGUCCGUCGUCUCCUACGCUUCAGUUCACAGAUACACAACAACGGACAGGCUGACUUCAGGCCUAAGAAUGGGCGCCACACAUGGGUGUGGCACGAGUGUCAUCGACACUAUCACAGCAUGGAAGUGUUCACUCACUAUGACUUGUUGAGCUUAAAUGGGACCAAGGUUGCCGAGGGCCACAAGGCCAGUUUCUGUCUGGAAGACUCAGAGUGUGAAUCAGAGAGCCAAAAGCAGUUUGUGUGUGCCAAUUUCGGGGAGCAAGGAAUCAGUGUUGGCUGCUGGGACAUCUACAGACACGAUAUAGAUUGCCAGUGGAUUGAUAUUACAGAUGUGGCCCCAGGAGAUUAUUUCUUUCAGAUUAUCAUUAACCCCAAUCAAGAAGUGGCUGAAUCUGACUAUACCAAUAAUAUCAUGAAAUGCCGCUGCAGAUAUGAUGGUCAACGAAUAUGGAUGUACAACUGCCAUAUAGGUGGAUCAUACAGCAUUGAGACGGAAGAGAAAUUUGAGCAUUACAGCGGCCUCAUCAAUAAUCAGCUCUCCACCCGGUAGAAAGCUCAAGAUUUCCCUCAUCCGAAAGAGGACAGAACCAAUAUCCAUAUACUUCUACAACCAGCAGCACCUUGGGGACAUCACCACCUGAUUACAGCACAACCUCCUCCUACUGCAAGGAGCAGGAAUGCAUUAAUCCCUAGUUAUUUUUACAUUCCUGGUACCCUUAAAGCAGCCCUGACAGAACUCCUAGUGUAUAUGAGGUGGUUUACAGCCAUUGUCUGCUUUACCUUUAGAAUGUAUCAUGGUAUGCAUAGCCACUGUGUUAUUGUCCACAUUCCAUGCAUUGACAAGAUGUCUAGGGACAGAGGACACUGAGAUCCCACAGCCUUGUAUUGUAUUCAGAAGAAUGUCUGUCUGAAUCUGAGAAUUCCCCCAGAGGAAAUGAAAAUCAAAACACAUGACACAUUAAUUUAUACAGGAUUUUGGCAUGACUCACAUGCUUUCUUAAAGUGCACAUCACAAUUCAAUAAUAUUUCCUACCCACACAGUAAUGGGAAGGUUACUAAUGUAACUAUUUAUUCAGAUAAAAUGAGGUGUGCACUAUUUGGCUCAUGUUUUACUCAUAUAGGGUCCACACCUAUGUAACACGCUGGCCUUGUCCCCCUACCCCUUCUUGGACUAUUGCACACAAUAUUAAUAUCCACUUGGCAUUUUGGUGCUAUUCUUUUUGUGCCAGUGGCACCAACAGCACUUUUCUAUUACACAAAUGUAAUGUUUUAUAUGUUGUGCUAUAAAUAUUGAGUGUUUUGUCCGUAUUAUCCUAGUGGUAGGUCUGAACCAGAUCUGCAUUAAACAAUUAAUGCAUCUCUUACUCAGUGUGGCAAACCGGUUCUGGAUUCAAUUCUCAAGGAGAAACACAUUUUUCAAUCUUCCUUCUCUCUUUGAAUGGUAGAUCAACAGAACCUAGACCACUGUGGGUCCUUGAUAACUGAUUCAAGAUACUCUGGCCUUGCUGCUAACUCACAGUCAGAGUGAGCAUUCUGGAAACGUGUUCCUCAUAAUAACAUUUUGUGAGCAUUUUAGCACUGAACCAUGUCACGCCAUCCAUUCCAAUAACAGUUACUUACAUACAUGAGUGUGUGUGUGUGUAACCUUUCCCUCUUCAGAGUGAAAAACAUUUAUCUGCAAGGAUUCUCUCUUUUCCUCUGCAUCUCUACAUAGACACUAUAAUUGCCCCCACCUCACACCCUACAGUACAUUCUAGCUACUGGAAAUGGGAAGGGUGGGACUCUGUACACUACAGUGAUUGUUUUUGAAGGCUGCAGUAGUUUCACUCUGAAUUAUUGCAAUGUAUAUAGAAACAUCAAAAAAAAGUGUUAUCUUCAAUAUUUUUUAUAAAUAGCGAGCAAAUAGACAACACCUUAGGUUGUGUUUGUUCUAGGUUUUAUAUGCAUUCCAGAACAGUAAUUUAUUAAUUGUAAAAAUUGCUGUUUUCCAUACAUUUAUGUGCUAACGAUAUAUUAGUUUAUAGGCAUUAUAACCACAUCAUUGCAUUGAAAUAGCUAUGGUCCCAGUACAGUAUCAAAUAGUUUCUAAUAGUUUUUAAUUUGUAUAAGCUGCCCACAGCAGCGGAAGAAUUAGGCAGGUCAGCAGUGAUAGACUGAGUGCACCAGCUGAAUGCUUUCAGCCCAUCAAUGGCAUGAGUUGGUGUAGCUAAUGCAGGUUACACUAUGCCUUAGCCAUACUCCAGCAGGGGGAGUUUGACACUUGACAGAGGGAUGGUGCCAAGGGACUGCAGGAACCAAAACAACUUCCAUGAGAUGGUGUGGUUAUUGUUCCUAGAGUGUAACUGUAAUGAAAAAAAAACUUUGUAUUGAAGAAGUUGAGUGCAAGAGCCAUCGGAUUGCAUAGAAACCUAGAGGUGCUCACAGCAAACUGAAAGAAAGAUGAAUCACUCACAAAAAGUCUUACGAGGAACACUGUAGCCCAGUGACAGACAUACUCUGUAGCGAGCAGCUCUACAGCUAUGCAAUAUAAGCUAUAUGUGGCCUGUAAGCUGGGAUGUACAGAAAUGCUCUGUAUUCAUAUCCUUUAUAGGGAAUAAGAUGUUGUGUGUACACAUCUCCCUUCUGUGGGACGUACUCUGUGGUGUUUGCUUAUUCAGUAUGUGAAAAGUGCCUUGAAUGCCAUAUAUUCUGCUCCCAGCAAGCGGACUGCUAUAGGACAGCAGGACACAUAGUACUGUGCAUCCACUUCACAAUCAAAGCAUUUAGCAAACCAAGUUCUUCUAAAUCAUUACCGUUUUUGUUUUGUGCCAUUUUCAUUUUCUUUAAGAGGUGCACUAAGCAGUGCUCUUGUCCAGUAUGCGCCUCAAUAUAUGUCUAGGAAUAAAUAAGUUAUUACUAUUUAACCACGUUGCACUCACUUCCCUGCUAUUCUGCAUGUGUUCAUACCAACCAAAAGCUUGAUGAAUUAUCCAAGAGCUGCAUGUGUGACAAAAGACAGGUGCAAUUUUACAGAGACUACGGAGCACCUAGAUGAGGCUUGGUUUGAAAACGUCUAGUUUUCCCCCUCCAUAAAAAUGAUGAGAUAAUUGGGGAAAUAAAAGUUUUGAGCAGA